AUGAAUAAAACACACCUAUCACUUUUACCAAAACUAUAGUAAUUUAUCUAGAGUAUUGGGGAAGAAAAUUCUUCUGCGGAUAUUUAAAGUCUCUAAAAUACAAUUGACAUAAAAAUACAGUAAACGAGUAUUACCUUAAAUGAAAUAAUUCAUUUUUAUGAAUAUUGUGAAUCACAGGAAUUUUUGAAAAUGCAUAGUUCAAGAAAUUGGACGGAUGAAGAAUGGAAAGUCUUAAUAUGGAUUAUUUAACAAUAUUGCGUUGCUAAUUAAAAAAAUAGUGAAGAUUUUAAAGCUGAGGAUUGGCAUGAAAUUUCCGAGAUCAUAGCAAUUAAAGAUGAAUUCAACUGUCAAUUUAAAUGGUUUUCUCACUUACGCGUAGUGCCUGCAAGCAAGAAUUGGACAUCAGAAGAGGAUCAAUUGUUAUAUAAAAUAAUGACGAAAGAACCAAAUAUUAAAUGGUUUGAAGUUCAAUACGAAAUGUUUAUUCAAUCAUCAGGGCUUUAUUUUAGGAAGGCUAAGCAAUACAGGGAAAGAUGGAAUAAUUAUUUAAAUCCAUAAGUAAAUAGAGGUAUCUGGACAGAACUUGAUGAUUUUAAUUUAUUGUAAAUAGCUCUAGCGGAAGGACUUAGAUGGUCUAAUAUUUCAAAGAAACUAAAGAACAGAACAGAAAAUUAGGUUAAAAAUCGCUUUAAAAGUCUAAUUAAUAAAGAAAAAAAAAUUACAUAAAUACCUUAAGGAGUCACUGCAGAAUAAAGCUAAGAUCCCUCUAAAAAUGGGAUGGAUAAAACAACGUAGUUUCUAAUUCAUUCGAUUCUUAACAGAUUGAAGCCAGUUUAAAAAUUAUAAUAAACAAAAUAAAAUCAGUAAGAUAAUACUUACAGUUAAGAAUAGCCUUAUUAAUAAAUCAAUCCAUACAACUUACUUAUGAAUCCUUAAUAAUAUUAUUUUUAACAAUUUUAGCAAGUUCCUCAAAUGCCAUAAUUGCAACCAUUAUCACAAGUAUAGUAAGUAACUUAAUUUUCAACAAUUCCCUAAAUUCCUGCACAAAUUAAUCCACUCUAAUAAUAAAUGCAUUGUCAAACUUAAUAAUAUCCUCCAUAAUAACCCAAUAUCAGUAUAUAAAUACCACAGCAUCAAAAUUUAGUUUCGUAAUAGCUAUUGCAAUAAUAACUAAUUCAACAAUAAUAAUAAUAAUAAUAAACUAUGAUUCCCAACUUCUAUCAAGGCUAAUACUUUCCUUAAUAAUUUAUCUAAUAAUAAUAAUAGCAAUAAUAAUUUAAAUUUAAUGUAUACUCUUCAUAGCAAAAUACACCUACAAAUUCAAUUGGAACUCUUAGCUCUUAGAGAUCAGAAAAAAUGAUAUCCGAUUAAAUUAAAGAGGAAGAAAAUAGUAAUUCAUCUUCAAAUAAAGAACCUAAAGUCUAAAAAAUUGUUUGCGUUUCUGCUCAAUCCUCUAUUAAUGGCUCAACUAGUUCAGUAAAUUCUAUUGAUGUCAUUAAAUAAAAUUUUAAGAACAUGAAUUUGGAUUCAGAUUAGGUUAGUCCUGAAAUUUAAAAAAGAAAACAUUAAAGAUCGCAAUCGGGUGCUUUUGAUAUUAACAAUUAAGCAAAGAUGAAGACUAAGAGAUCGAGAUUUUAUUAUGCUUCGAAUGAUGGUUGA